AUGAACGAAGACAGCGAGGUAAAAGCUCCAGUCACCAGACUUCGGAGAAGAAUAUCUGUAGAGCAGUCUGAAGACGGAAAGUCACCGGCACUAAGCACUCCAACAAAGAAAAGAGGUGGUAGGAAGGUAGCAAAACCUGAACUGGAUCUUAUAGAUGAAAAUGUAGCAGAGAGUAAUUUGAAGAAGACAACAAAGAAAAACAUUCCAAAGGAUAUUGCUGAGACUGUGGAAGAUAAGCCUAUAACACCAUCAAGAAGAAGUGCAAGAAUUAAAUCUAAUACUAGUAUUGUGUCAGACACAGUACAAAAUGUUGACUCACCUAGAGCUAAAAGGGCUGCAAGAAGGACUUCUCAAGUUGGAAGUGACUCUGAGAUGUCCCUGACUCCUGCUCGGCAAACUAGACGAACCAGAAAAGACUCUACAUCAAGUAUUGAAAAGCAUGUAGAUUCUGCAGUAAAUAGGACUCAAAUUCCUGAAGUUAUCAAAGAAGAAGCAGAAAAUGCCGCUAAGUCAAUCUCGAAUGAAUCAAAAACCUUAGACAAUGAAAGCACGACACCAACCUCUCUGCGUCAAAGCCCUCGACUUUUAAACAAGAAAUCAAGAUUGAGCAAUUCAUCAGCACUAGAUGAGAAUAAAAAUAGUAGUUUUGAAAAAUCAGACUCAGACUCUGAACAGGAAUUAGAAACAAAUAAAAAUUUUAGUUUAUUAGACAAUGAAGCUGAAGAAGUGAGUGAUAAAUAUGAAUCUGGAGACAGCCAAGAUGAAGAGGAGAGGCAAUACGAAAAAGAUAAUGAAAUUGUAGAAAAGGGUGAAACAUUGACAACUGAAGAUGAACUAUCUAAUGAUUCAGAUUAUGAAAAGGAUUCAUUCUUGGUUACUUCUGAUGAUGAAGACAAUGAGUUGCUUAGUGAUAGUAUAAAUAGUUCAGAUUUAAAUAAAGAAAACACGAAAAACUCCAUCAAAAAAGAAAAAGAAAAUUUCAUUCCUUUGAAGAAAUCUGAAGCAAAAACAGACAUUCGUGCAAAAAAAGAUCUUAUUAAAACCAAAAAUGCCGAUGCACCAUUUUUUGUGGACACAAUUGGCAAUCAUUCAGAGUCAUCACUGUAUGAAGAAAAAGUGUAUGAAAAAAUUACGAACAAUGCAUCACAGAGAAGUGAUGAUACCAGCGAAUCUAAUGAACCUCUUGAAAUUUCAUACAGAAAAGAGAAUAGCAAUGAAAGAAUAAAAAAAAAUAACAAGACAAUUGAUGCUGAUGAGAUAGACAUUGCUACUGAAUCAUUGACAGCCAAAUCCUUGCUGAGGACACCUCAAAGUGAAAAAAAUGUGUCACAUAUUGAAAGCUUUUCUGAUACUUCUUUGCAUAAAAAAACUAAAUGUGACGUUAAAAGGAAAGAUACAUCAGAUUCAUUCAAUGUUUCGAAUUUAGAUGUCUUCUUUUCUACUGAGAAUAUAGUCCAAAGCAACAAUAGCAAAUUAGUCAGCAAAACACCAGAUAGUGAGAAAAAGAAAAUGAAAAGAUUGUCAAAAUCAAAUAUUUCUGAGAUUGAACAUCCUAAACUAGAAAUUAAUACAUCAAUUACUAAAACUCCAAACAGUGAAAAGAAAAAAAGGAAGAAACUUUCAGAAUCAUUUACUAUAUCUGAAGUCGAGAAUGCAGAAACUAUAAAUUUAAUUGACAAAAUGUCAUUUGAAUGUAUGGAUAAAGAAAAGAGCGAAAAAAAGAAAAAAUCUCAGGCAAAGAAUUUUGAAACAGAGGCGGAAAUCAACAAUAUUAAAACAAUUGAGGCAGCAGAUGAGAUUACAACAAAUCAAGACAAUAAUACAAGUAACAAAAUUACAAAGAAACGUAAAAGGUCUUCUACAAUGUCUUCAUUUGAUGUUGCUUUAGAUGACACAUCCGGUACUAUAACCACAAAUGAUUCCAUGAUCAAUAAAAAAAAGAAACUUAAAUUAACGCAAAAGUCUGAAGAAAAUUAUACUACAGAUGUAUUAAUUGUCAAUGAGGACAUAGAAAAUGAAGCUGCACAGGAUAUUGUGUUUGAUAUGUCAGCUAAAAAGUUAAUUGCAUCACAAAUGUCUGACUCUAAGAAAAAAGUCACUCAAAGAAUAUCGGCAGACUUGAAAAUUGACAAUAAAUGCAAUGUAUCAAAUGCUAAAGACCUCCAACAUGACGUUAAAAAAUAUGAAGAUGAUACAGACUCAGUUAAAACUAAAUCAAAUACCGAUAAAUAUAAAAAAAGGAAAAAUAGAGAAGAUGAUAUUGAUGCAAACAAAGCUCUUAAGGUCCGUAAGGAAAACUCAUUUGAUCAUAUUCAUAUAUCUCGAUUACCACCUUCAAUUUUGACUCAAUUAGAUGACAAACCCAAUAAAAACAAAAAUAAUAAUACGAAACAUAAACAUAAGGAUAUUUAUGUGAAUAAAUAUUCGGCGUGCUUAGAUAUGGAUCUAUACAUAACCGAUUCACUCCAGGAUAUGCUGGAUAUGGAUAUCAAAAAUGAAAUAGCAACAGAUCUAAGCAGUAUCACAGACUUCCCAGACUCGCUAGGAUUAAAUUUCUCCGAACUGCCACCUUUACUAGAUAUAGAUACGGACAAUUCAGUCACGUGGCUUAAUAACUCGUCUAGUUUCGUUCACAACUUAGAUUUAUACGGCUCCGAGGCAAAUGCUGUGAUGGUCAAUCCGAAUUCUGUAAUGCCUUCAACCUUCGCCGAUACACCGGUGAAGAACAUUGUAAAGGAGGAAGCGUCAAACCUCCUACUCACUUCAGCAGUCGGUGACGACACAAACAACACCAUAUCUCUAGCUAGUCCCAAAGAGGAGAAAAGCCAUCUGACUUUUUCGCCUAACGCAAUUAAAGUGGCCAAAGUACAGGAACCCGAUGAGCCCAAAAACAAAAAAACCACUGAGGACUCGACGCAAAUGUUAAUAUAUGUUCGGAAGCAAGACAAAAACGUAGUGAAGGAUUUACUCAAAGACUUGGACGUGGACUCAAAUAAAACCAGAUCAACACAAUCGGGUACACAUCAAACGGUACGCAUUAAAACUUCCCAACCGGAAGUGAUCAAGCUGAACAAUAAGAACUGCUCUAUACUAAACACCAGUCAGAAGAUGGCCCAGCAAAUAGGAACAAAAACAAUAAUCUCAGGCAAUAUACAUAUACUGGACGCGCAGCAAUCUAGGACAAUUUUGGCGAAUGGCAACAAGAAUCAAGCCACCAUUCUGAUAGACAAUUCGUCGCUGGGGGGCAAUAGGCAAAUUAUAAAAACUGCGGUUAAUGGAUCUUUUAAGGUCGACACCAGCCAAGGGAAGUUCGUGAAUACGAGCAGUAAGGCCAUCGUGGGGGAAUUCCCGAAACCAGCGUACUCUUAUUCGUGUUUAAUAGCAAUGGCACUAAAAAACUCUCGGACAGGAAGUUUGCCCGUAUCAGAGAUUUAUAAUUUCAUGUGUCAACAUUUCCCGUACUUCAAGACUGCCCCAAGCGGGUGGAAGAAUUCAGUGCGGCACAAUCUUAGCUUGAAUAAAUGUUUCGAAAAAAUUGAAAAGCCCUCUACGAACGGCAGUCAGAGGAAAGGUUGUUUGUGGGCGAUGAAUCCUUCGAAAGUCGGGAAAAUGGAUGAAGAGGUAUUGAAAUGGUCACGAAAAGAUCCGCAAGCCAUUAAAAAUGCUAUGGUUUAUCCAGAUAGCCUCGAGGCGUUGGAGAGAGGCGAGAUGAAAUACAGCGGGUUCGCGAGCGACACCGAAGCGGAGGACGAUGCGGAUCCCGACGCAGACGUCGAGCUUGACGCCGACCUCGAAAUCGACCCCGAGGUUAAGGAGGAAGUCGAGGAAGAAGAAACCAUUAUAGAACAAGAAGCGUCCGAUCAAGAGUUGGAAGUGGAAGAGGUAGUAGAGGGAACUGGAAUGGUUGGUGGCACUUACCGUCUACUUGCAACAGGGCCCUCCUCUCUCACGUCAUACAUAACGGAUAUUGAAUCAAGCGAAGAAGUUAGCGAUAUUGAAGUAUUGGACCAUUCAUAUGAAGAUAUUGAUAUUGAUGUAACUAAACCCGUGAAACUCAAUCUAUCAAUGACGGAAAAUUACACAAUUCAUUCAGCAAAAAGAGCAAAGACAAGUUACAUCUUUCAACCGGUGUCGACACCGACGCAUACAAGCAGACGGAAAACUCCUCUUGUGAACCGAGUGGCGUUAAUC